GGCAGAGGGCGCUGCGGGCUUCCGCCCUCUGAGCCCAGGCAGCGCAGGAACCUGGCGGCCGCCGUCUCUCGUCGGCCGCAAUGGUUUUUCCCAGACUUCCCCGCGGGUAAACAGACAUGGCCGACCAAGGUGGCGGAGGAGAACCAAACAUGGGGAACCACCUGCAGCUCAUGCCCGCAGAAAGUGAAGAAGAUGAUGAAAUGGAAGUUGAAGAUCAGGACAGCCAAGAAGCCAAAAAACCUAAUAUCAUAAAUUUUGACACCAGCCUGCCAACAUCUCAUAUGUAUCUGGGCUCUGACAUGGAAGAAUUUCAUGGCAGGACUUUGCAUGACGAUGACAGCUGUCAGGUGAUUCCGGUUUUGCCGCAGGUGAUGGUGAUGUUGAUUCCUGGACAAACCUUACCUCUUCGGCUUUUUAGCCCUCAAGAAGUUAGCAUGGUGCGGAAUUUGAUUCAGAAAGACAGAACUUUUGCAGUUCUAGCAUACAGUAACAUACAGGAAAGGGAAGCACAUUUUGGGACAACAGCCGAAAUAUAUGCCUAUCGGGAAGAGCAGGACUUUGGAAUUGAAAUAGUAAAAGUGAAAGCUGUAGGAAGACAGAGGUUCAAAGUACUUGAAAUAAGAACGCAAUCAGAUGGAAUCCAGCAAGCAAAAGUACAAAUCCUUCCUGAGCGAGUGUUGCCUUCAACCAUGUCUGCAAUCCAGUUGGAAUCUCUUAGUAGGUGCCAGCUUUUUCCAUCUUCAAAACCUGUGUCAUGGGAAGACCACUGCUCACCUCAGUGGUGGCAGAAAUACCAGAAGAGGAAGUUUCACUGUGCAAGUCUGACUUCUUGGCCUCCCUGGCUCUAUUCAUUAUAUGAUGCUGAAACUUUAAUGGAAAGAGUCAAGAGACAACUACAUGAAUGGGAUGAAAAUCUAAAAGAUGAAUCCCUUCCUUCAAAUCCAAUCGAUUUUUCUUACAGAGUUGCAGCCUGUCUUCCUAUUGAUGAUGCAUUGAGAAUCCAGCUCCUUAAAAUUGGCAGUGCUAUCCAGCGACUUCGUUGUGAACUAGAUAUUAUGAACAAAUGUACCUCCCUUUGCUGUAAGCAGUGUCAAGAAACAGAAAUCACAACCAAAACAGAAAUAUUCAGUUUGUCCUUAUGUGGACCUAUGGCAGCAUAUGUGAAUCCUCAUGGAUACGUGCAUGAGACACUUACGGUGUACAAGGCUGGUAACCUUAAUCUGAUUGGCCGAUCUUCAACAGAGCACAGCUGGUUUCCCGGGUAUGCAUGGACUAUUGCCCAGUGUAGGGUUUGCUCGAGUCAUAUUGGGUGGAAAUUUACAGCCACCAAGAAGGAUAUGUCACCUCAGAAAUUUUGGGGUUUAACUCGAUCUGCUCUCCUGCCCAGGAUUCCAGAAACUGAAGACACAUCCAACCAAGAUAGCUCACCAUUACUCUGCUUGUAACCUGAUGAUUUGCUUUGGGAACAAAAAAACAGAACCAGUCAGUGUUUGUAAAUCAAAUCUGCCUUGGAAGUUACUCCCUCCUCAAAUGCUUACCUAAGUAAAAAGUGUCAUUACACUGAGGUUUCCUGUAUGUUUGAGGAAUUGCUACUUCCCUAAGAAACAACAGUAGGUGAAGAGUUGAAUUCAUGGUUGAAGAGGAGGAAAAGAAAUUUAGCAAAUAGGUUUGGUUUCAGGAACAUCUAUAUUAAAUAACUUGGUAAACUUGCCACUGCCCUAUUGAAUUUGACAUCCAUUUUUUUCCCAACUAAAGUGUAAGAAAAAAAAAAUGCUGUUAAAAACAGCAUGUUGCUUUUUUCCUUCAUGUGUGGCAAUAAGUAAUAAAAGUGCAUUUCUUUUUUAGGGAUGUUUGUCAAGGGUAGCACAUGAAGACAUUUUUCAAAGUGGCGCUGAUGUUUCCAAGUUUGUGUAUGUGUAUACACACACAGACUUUUUGAAUUUCUAUUUUGCUCAACAGUAAAAUAUCCUGGUGUGAGACUGGUUGCUCCAUCCUGGUAUUUGUGAAGGUUAUAAUGCCAUUUUGGUAAUGAAAGUGGCAAAAGGCAAUCAAUGGCACUUGCUGCUAAAGCAAGUACGGUAGUGUUCCUUUUUUAUAGGGAGAUUGGAUCAUAUAUUAAAAAGGGCUUUUUCCUUUCUGAUUUAGCUUUUUUGCCAUGUUGAUUUGUAAAUCUUUUAAAGCAUUGAUGUAAAAUGUACAGUUUGAACUCCCCAAAUAAACUUUCCUCAUUUUCCAAAAAUACUAGUGAAUUCUGAGUCAUGCUGUUAAAUUCUAUUUGUUUAGUAUUUAGUAAACUUAUCCACUUAAAUUUAAUUUGCCCAGUACAUUCUUUUCUACAAAGAAAGAUUAAACAUAAGAGAAUCAUCCUUUAACUCACUUAGCAGCCUUAAUUCUGUAUGUCCCAUUUUGUUAUUGGAAAUGGACAAAGAGUGAGAAAAAUGUUAAUUUUUUUUUUUAUGUUCUUAAGCAAGAGUCUAGUGGUGACCUGUUUAAAUUUCUUCUAGUAUUGUUUGGUUCACCCUUUACAUGUUCAAAGUAAAUAAUGAAAAAAAAUAUAUGUCAGUUUACUAAUAAAGGAGUUCUUACAUUAAAUUGUAUUCAGUGAUUCUCUUCCACUCGACUAUGUUUUAUAUAGUGCACAUAGAACUAACAUUCUAUAAAUGUACAACAAAAUCUGAGAAUGUGAUGUUAUAAUUAUGAAAACUUUUCAGUUGACUUUGAGGAACUAAUGGCCACUAAUUUUUGAUACUUUCAUUAUCUUUGCUUUUAUUAAAAUGUUUAGUUGACCCAUUUCCAUAACAUAGUUUUAUUUUCAGUAAUUUACCUUUAUAAUGUACUGGAGAAAUCAUUAGUAAUGCUAAUGUAGGAAAUGAUUUUUCUCAAUUGAAAAUGUUUUCUAGGUUUUUGAAAAUCAAAAUAUGAGAACAUAUCUGUACUGUAGUCAUUUAAAAGAAACUAUUUUCUUGAGUUGAAAUGUAGAAGUUAAAUGUGUUGGUUUCAGUUACCACUGAAUGCAGCCCUGUUCGAGUUCCCUGAACUUAGGAGAUUCCCUCAAAAAGUCAAACUGAUUGUGACAUCUUAGCAUGACAUGUGCUUCUUUUGGGUAUUGUAUGAAUAUGUAAUCAAAUGAAACUAGUUCAGAAUGCAGUUUAAUUAUGAUUCUAUUUGCAUUCCAUAGACCUGAACAUCUUUGUUGUAUCUACGUUUAUGACAUCCUGAUAAGUCACUGAAAGAAUGACUAAUUUCUUUUUGUGGUUCCUAGCUACAGAAGUAUCACAUGUAGAGACAUUAUUAACUAUGUAUAUAUUAUUUUAUAGUAUUGUUAAUAGACUUGAAGGUUCUGUACAUUAUAAAUUUUCAUAACUUGAAACCUCCUUUGCUUUUUAAAAAAGAAUCUGAACAUUAGGAUGGUGAUUUCAGAUAGCAGCGAAUGGUCCCACACUGGCCAGUGGGAUGCAAAUCUCUAUUAGAGUUAUCCCAACCAUAUAUAAUUGUACAAUUUAUAAGUACUUGCCAUUAAGUGCUUAUUUCAGUAGCAUAAAAUACCUCCAGGAAUCAACAAAAUUGCCUAGUUUAGAUUUGUUAAAAGAAAAAUGCUGAAAGCUGCUUUGUAGCAUGUGGUGAUUCUUUUUAUUUGUUUUAAAUUUUCUUGUCUGCAUUAUCUUGUGAGAUUUUUUUAUGAUGCUAUUUUGUACAUUAAUAUUUCUGGUUUGGAGUUCAGAUACAAAGUUUUCAAAAGAGUCUAGGAUGUUUUGCAGAGUUGCUGUUAGGAAGCCCACUGCUUUCACUUUCUUAAUAUGAUUUUUGAAAUAGAUCUCAGAAUAAUUUGUCUUACUGCUUGCCAAUAUUUGCAGAGAAUUAAACUCAAGUAUUUAAGAAAUAAUAAUAAAGCCCUAAUAUUGUGAUUGA